AUGACUUGUCAUCGACAUCAUGUAACACGCUCAAUUAGUUUAAGUGUUUACUUUUUUGUUAAUUUCUUUGUGGCAACGAUUCAUUCAAUCGAUUCUGGUAGCAGUUAUAAUAAUAAUGGAAAGAUUAUCCGCAUACCCGGUGAUAUUAUAUUAGGAGGUAUUUUUCCAAUGCAUGAACAUAAAAGCGCAAAUCGAGAUUACCCAUGUGGGGCUAUUAAGGAAGAAAAAGGAAUUCAAAGACUCGAGGCAAUGCUCUAUGCCAUUGAUCAAAUAAACAGAGAUGAAAAGCUUCUACCGAAUAUAACUCUUGGAACAGUUGUUAUAGAUUCUUGUAGCAGUGACACUUACGCACUUGAGCAAUCAAUGGAAUUUGUCAGAUACUACAUGAAUAAAGAUAUGUCUGAAUAUAUAUGCGUAGAUGGAGAAACACCCAUUUAUCGUCCUCAUAAGCCAGUUCUUGGAGUAAUUGGUGCAUCUUUCAGCGUGGUUUCAAUAAUGGUCGCAAACAUCCUUCGUCUUUUCAAAAUCCCGCAAAUUAGUUAUGCCUCUACAAGCGUGGAAUUAUCAGAUAAAUCACGUUUUGAAUAUUUUUCACGUGUCGUCCCUCCUGACAACUUUCAAGCACAAGCACUAGCAGAAAUUGUUCAGAUAUUGAAGUUAACUUAUGCAUCAACUGUUGCUGUCGAAGGAGAGUAUGGCGAGAAAGGUAUUGCAAGUUUUUUGAAAGCUGCUUUUGAGCUGGAUAUUUGUGUCGCAGUUAAUGAGAAAAUCUUACGUAACUCGAAAGAAGAAGAUUUUAAUAAGAUCAUUGAAAGGCUUUACAGAAAAAAACAAGCGGGAGCCGUUGUAAUGUUCGUCGAUGAAGACAACGUAAAGCGAUUACUUAGGGCUAGCAUUCGUGCAAACAGGACGGGACAUUUUUAUUGGAUUGCAAGUGAUUCAUGGGGUGCGAAAUCUUAUCCUGUUAGAGAUCAAGAAUUUGCGGCUGUUAACACAAUAACCGUUCUUCCACACAGAAAAGAAUCUGUUGGCAAGUUUAAAGUAUUUAAUUAUUGCUUUAACGAUUAUUUCCUUUCGCUUCAACCCCAACUAUAUCCAAGUCAAUGUCUCUCAUCACGCAACGAAGCAAACCAGCCUUACAUCAAUUGUCGUAACAUUUGGUUCAACGAGUUCUGGGAACAACGACAUAAAUGUAAGGUUGAGUGGCAUAAUUCAUCAAAAUGUUCGGGUAAUGAAGAUUUAAGAGUUGGAUAUGAACAGGAAGGUCUCGUGCCGUUCGUGAUUGAUGCGGUCUAUGCUUUUGCACAUGCACUUGACGACAUUAUCAAAAAGAAAUGUGAUGUUAACGACAAUGAUUGCUGGCAGUCAUUGCUACCAAUUCCAGGUCAUGAAAUGCUGAAAUCGAUUCACAAUGUUUCCUUCAAGGGCCCGCAGGGAACCGAAAUUAGAUUUAAUGAGGACGGUGAUGCUUUGGGCUAUUACAACAUUUAUCAAUAUCAAAAAAAUGACACAAAAUAUGAUUACAUUCAGAUUGGAACAUGGAGAGAAAGCUUGAAUUUGAAUUUCAAUUCAUUGAAAUGGCAGGGUGGAGAGCCCAAGUCUGUUUGUAGUGAACCUUGUCCAGCUGGUUCCAUUCGCAACUUCCAAGAUCAGUGUUGUUGGGUGUGCGUCAAAUGCAAUAUUGAUGCCUACGCACUUAAUGACACAUGCUUGUCUUGUGGUCCUGGUUGGCGACCAAAUGUUAACAUAACGGGAUGCGACAAAAUUCCAGCUGAAAUUAUUGAUUGGCUUUCACCAUGGGCGCUCGUGCCUUUGAUAUCUUCUUCGCUUGGUAUUUGUUUCACUAUCUUCACUACAUGCGUUUUUAUCAGAUACAACAAAACGCCUGUAAUCAAGGCUUCUGGUAGAGAAUUGUGUUACAUGCUUUUAACUGGUAUAUUGUGCUGCUACUGCAUGUCGUUCAUCAUACUUGCUCCACCAAAUAUUUGGUCAUGUGCAAGUCUCAGAGUUGGAAUUGGUCUCUGUCUUAGUGUCUGUUACAGUGCAAUUUUCAUCAAAACUAAUCGCAUUUCAAGAAUAUUCAAUCAAGGAGUUAAAAGCAUACAAAGGCCAUUGUACACUUCUCCAAUAUCUCAGGUUGCCAUAUGUAGCGGUAUUGUGCUCAUUCAACUUGCUGUAUCAAUAGCGUGGCUUAUUUAUGAUCCACCUGAUGUACGUGAAGUUUAUCCUUCACCUCUUCAGGCUGUUUUAACAUGCAAAGGAUCUGGUCAUAGCCUUAUGAUCUCACUCAUCCUUAUCAUAUUUCUUGUUCCACUUUGUACUAUUUACGCUUUCAAAACAAGAAAAAUUCCAGAAAACUUUAAUGAAGCAAAAUAUAUUGGAUUCACAAUGUAUUCGACUUGUAUUGUUUUCCUCGCAUCGAUAGCAAUUUACUUUGGUACAAGUAAUGACUAUAAAAUUCAAUCGUCAAGUCUAUGUAUGUGUUUGAGCAUCAGUGCAACGGUGGUACUGGCUUGUCUCUUCACACCGAAAGUUUAUCUUGUCUUAUUUCAACCUUAUAAGAAUGUGAGGCCGAGAAACAAUGGUGGAAGAAAUGUUCAGCCUGGUGCUAGCGGUAGUAGUGGAACGGGGACAGGAAUGAGCGGUUGCGAAAUGAAGUUAACAAAUCGUCAACCAUAUAGUAUGAGAUUCUCAUCUGGUGCAUUUUGUGAGGUAACACCGACAACAACAACAUCGAUUGAUCUAAUUGAAAGCACUCAAGGAAAACGAGGGUCGAGUUCAGGAAUUUUACAAGCACCUUCGGUACCAAUUCAAGUAGUUGAAGUAGAGAAUGCGCAUCAAAAUGAGCAUCAGUUAAACGGAAGAACUGCACAUCAAGAAGAUUCACUUCCAUCACAUGCGGCGAGUAACGACAAAGUUCAACAGUCAUUUGUCGUCGCAAUCACAUCAUCACCAUAUUGCGAGGGAUCACAAACUCUUCCCGAUGAUGACGGUAACGUAUAAAUGAGCGCUAAUUUUUUACAAUUGGGUGUGAACGGAUGGACAUGGUGUAAAUGGGAGUUAGAUGAUCAUGAUAAUGUCUAUCUCUAGACAUAUAAAUACAAGCCGAAGGGGAAAUUUAACAUUCAGUUAGAUUAGAUGCUGAAACUUUUUUAUAUGCAUUCAUUAUUCACGUUUCAAUUUUUCUUUGGAACUAUAUUUCGAUUACAUCAAUUCAGGGAUGUAGAAUGUGUUCGUUUCUUCUUCCUUUUUCCACCAUUGUGAAAUGACUUAACACCUUUUCAAUUGAAACCUAGCUCAUCUAUUUUAAUUAUAAAUUCUUCUUUUUAUAAAUUCUUAUUUCCUUUGCAAAAAAAUGAUAAAUAUUUUAAAUUUCCAUUUUCUUAUUCCGAGC